AUGGAAUCGCACGAGUCAUUGCCAUAUAUCGAUCCAGAUCCGUCGCAAGCACAACGCGAAGCAGCCAACCUCUUGAUACAAUCUCACCUCCCUCGAGAUCACUCAGCUACCAUCCACCCUUCUGUUGUUGACACUACUUCUGCUGGGCCUCGUGCUUUCAUACAGCAAGAGGUUGAUCGAGCUGGUGCCGGCCGUCUUAUGUCUGGAGGAAUCGAUUUGUCUCGCUACGAAUCCUUCGAUGAUGUAUCCGCUGAUGGCCCUCUUGAGGAUACGAGGUCUGCGCUGAAGACAGCUUACGCGAACGUUUCGUAUCUGCGAGGCCGUCUGUCGAAUAUUACCCUUCUUGAAGAGUACGGGAAGAACGCUUGGCUCAUCGGCAAUUCACAACUCGAAGAUAUUCUGAAGCAACUUGAGGAAGAGCUAAGGACGACCAAAGAGCUGUCUGAGAACACCAACCGUAUUCGGAAAACUGCUCAGGAAGAUUCAAAAGGAGAACUUUUGGCACUAGAGGAGACAUGGAAGCAGGGCAUCAGCAGAAUUGUGGAAACCCAAAUCGCUAUCACUGCUCUGGAGGUUGAGCUUUCUACUGCAAAAUUAUCGUCUAUAACAGCAACAACAUGA